CUCGUCGAAGCUCUAGUUGGCCCGAGCGCCAACUUCUUCUCGCCCCCGUCUUCGCCCAGCCAAUGUGAUCUCUAUAACCAUCAGCAGAAUAUGCCUCGUUUGAUCAAUCCGGUGGGAUGGCUGGUCUCGGAGCAGAGCCCAGAGAGCGGUGAGGCGGUGCCGUUGCUUUCACUCGAAAACGGCAAGGGCAACCGCUUGAUGAUCAGCCCAGUUGAUCGUUGCCUGGUUCGCGUGGUACACUCGGGCCCUGAUGUCCACGACACUACCUUGGGGCUGAAGGACAGGGAUGGGAUCCGUUGGGAGAAACGGCGCGCUUCUUGGAGCGUCGAGGCCGACAAGCAUGCCAAGCGUGCAACGCUGAGAUGCUCCGAGCUUCAUCCCGGAAAGGGCUCGCUUCGACUGGAGGUCGGCUUUUCGCACUCUGUUGUCAUUCGCUGGUUUUGGGACAACGAGGCCGGAGAGCCUGCUGGAGAGCCGUUCCUCGUCGACUUUAAGACGGCGUAUUCUUACGACGCUCGCACGGGACGGAUGAAUCACUUAGUCUGCCGAGAUAGCUAUGUUCCCUUGUCGGAGCAUGCCACGUCGGCAAACAACGCACACCCAGCCGAUUCACGGACAAGGGAAUAUGCAUAUGGCCUGGGCGAGACAAAAGGGCCGAUGAUGAAGCGAGGAAAGCGCUACAUCAUCGAGGGUCGUGACAGCCUUGGAGCAGAUCCGGAAGAAACCGACCCUCUGUACAAGCUCUGCCCAUUCUACACUGUCUACAAUCGCCAUCUCGGCCAGUGGUACGGGCUUUACUACAACACCCUGUCGCCCUCCGUCUUUGACUUUGGUGGUGAACACGACUUUUCAACUGGCGACUUUCGUUCAUUCAGUGUUGAACAUGGGCCUCUGGAUUACUACAUGCUGCUGGGAGACGGGGACAGUCCCGGUCCAUCGCUGCCUGGAAUCGUGUCUCAGCUGGCCCGACUAGUAACGCCUCAUUCCUCGGGACCAGCGGGCGAUGGAAAGGACCUCUGGCAGGCGAGUCCGACGCUUCCUCCUCUUUCACAGUUUGGCUACCUAGCCUCUAGCCUUACCCUUUCCGAGCGCCACGACGCCCAAGAGGCCGUUUUGGACUACGUACGCGAGACGAGGAAACAUGGAUUUGCAAUCGACAGCAUGCACCUCUCCUCCGGAUAUUGCCAGGACGCCAAGACUGGCCAUCGAAAUUACUUUACGUGGGACCGCGAGAAGUAUCCCGAUCCUGCUGCCAUGGGCAAGGCACUCGAGAGUGACCUGAACUGCCAGGUCAUCAUCAAUGUCAAGCCUUGGCUGCUUGAGGCCCAUCCCUUGUAUGAGCGUACCGCAUCGGCAGGCGCUUUCAUGCGAGCAGCGCCGGACGCGAGACCGAUGACCAAGGGAGCAAUGCCUCAAGAUGAAGACCGAUGCACGCGCCUACCCUCGGAGAAUGCAAGGACAAUACACUGGAGUGCACAGAUGGGCGAGACGGCAAAAGGGUCUUACUUUGACUAUUCGAGCGCUCAAGGCUGCAAGGAGUGGCAACAGCUCAUGCAAGAGGGCGUCUUGGACCAAGAUAUCACAGGAGUAUGGAUUGACAACAACGAGUUCGGCACCCUUGUCGACGACGAUGAGGAGCUCAAGGGCGAUAUAGACUUGUGGUCUCUGCCUCUCUUGCCGCCAGAGAUUAAUGGAAGUCGAGAAGUCGGGGAAAGGGGCACGACAAUCUCCCAGAGAUUUGGCUGGGGCCGAGGUCCAAUUUCUGUCGGUGCGAUAGGGAGAGGCGUGCUUACGAUGGGAAUGGCUCGCGCGACCUAUGAAGCCUUAUGUAGGGAACAACCGAACGUGCGCCCAGUCGUUGUGACAAGGUCUUUCGUGCCCGGCAUGCAAGCUUUUGCGCACGGCUCGUGGAGUGGUGACAACAGCACCUCGUGGCUUUCGCUGAAGUGGAGCACCAAGAUGACGCUGAGUAUCGGCCUCUCUUGCGGCCCCGGUCUCUACGGUCACGACAUUGGUGGAUUUGCCGGUGCACACAGUCCUAGCCCCGAGCUCUUUGUGCGAUGGUGUCAACAAUCGCUGUGGCAUACGAGAUUCACAAUCCACAGUUGGAAGAAAGUGUCCACAACACUCUGGAUGUAUCCUGAGGCCAUGUCGACCUUGCACGGUAUCAUCGAGCACCGAUACCGUCUGAUCCCCAUGUUGUACUCGCUUUACGUGUGUCACUACCACCGAAAAGGAUGGCCGGUCCUCAAGCCACUCCUAUGGCACCACUCGUCAGACCAAGUCUGCCUCACGCAGGACGAACAAUUUCUAGUCGGCAGCCACGUCCUUGUUGCGCCCGUAACAACGUUCGAGGCACGCAGCGUCACCUUCCAUCUUCCCUCGCUCGUCGAUGGCGAAGAAACACCAGCCUGCUGGUUCGAUGUGCAAAGUGGGCGUUGGAUCAAGCCCGCUCAUCCGCAAGGCCAAGAAUUGACCCUGGGCGCCCCUCUUGAUGUGCUACCUACGCUCGUCCGCGCUGGUGGGCUCAUUGUUCUGGGGCCGCCGUGCCGAAGUCAUGCUCGCGAACACCUGCGUGAUGCUGAGCACCCUCGGCACGUCCAGCUCUUCUCUCAUCCAAAUGGACACUCAAGGGGGACAUUCACUCUCAUUGAAGACGACGGAACAUCGAACGAAGCGACCGGCUACGGACGCUUCACGCAGCUCAAGAUCCAUUUCAAGGACAGGGAUGCAGGAGCAGUUGAAGUGGGCGUCGACGUGGAAAACGCCGGUUAUUGUGGCACCUGGAGGUUCUCUUUUGAGCUUCCAAAGGGUGAUGGUAGGAACAUUCUCCCUCUCGUCAGGGCUGAGGACAAGGGACAGCAAAAUAUUGAGGGUCAAGAGAUCAUCGUGGCAGUGCAGUAGGAACAAUGCUAUAAUUCGACAAUGGAGCCAGG